UCUCUCCAGACACUACGUUAUUUUAUCCUUGAUUUCACAGGGGGAGCCCUGAAGCUGCAAGAAGGGCAGCACGAAGCAGCAGCAGAAACUUCCCAGCCUGUUGUUUCGGCACAGGAGAAGCAAACAGGAGAUCAUGAGAGAACUUUAAAGGCACAUAAGGAAGAAGAAAAUCCUCGGAAGACAAUGGAAGUGAAUGGGUUUAUGCCAGUGCCAGAUUCCUAUGACUAUGAUCUCAUUGUCAUCGGUGGAGGCUCAGGAGGUCUGGCAGCUGCCAAGGAGGCUGCCAAAUAUGAAAAGAAAGUGAUGGUGCUGGACUUUGUCGUGCCUACACCUCAGGGAAGCUCGUGGGGUCUUGGAGGAACAUGUGUAAACGUGGGCUGUAUACCUAAAAAAUUGAUGCACCAGGCAGCUUUACUGGGACAAGCCUUGCAAGAUUCACGCAAAUUUGGGUGGCAGUUUACAGAAGAAGUCAAACACAACUGGAUGACCAUGACAGAAUCUGUUCAGAAUUACAUUGGUUCACUGAACUGGGGCUAUCGGGUUGCCCUGAGAGACAAGAAGGUCACAUAUGAGAAUGCAUAUGGAGAAUUUGUCGGGCCACACACAAUUAAGGCAACGAAUAAAAAGGGAGUUGAGAAGCUGUACACAGCUGAGACAUUUAUCAUUGCCACUGGUGAACGACCACGCUACCUGGGUAUACCUGGAGACAAAGAAAAUUGCAUUACCAGUGAUGACCUUUUCUCUCUGCCUUACUGUCCAGGGAGAACCCUAGUGGUUGGAGCUUCCUAUGUUGCCUUAGAGUGUGCAGGAUUUCUUGCAGGCCUUGGAUUAGAUGUCACUGUAAUGGUGAGAUCCAUUCUCUUAAGAGGAUUUGACCAGGACUUGGCAAACAGAAUUGGUGAAUAUAUGAAAGAACAUGGAGUCAACUUCAUUAGGGAGUUUGUGCCAAUCAAGGUUGAGCGGGUUGAGGAAGGAACUCCUGGAAUACUGAAAGUUACAGCCAAAUCCACAACAGGGGAUCAAAUAAUUGAAGUGGAAUGCAAUACUAUGCUGCUGGCAGUUGGACGAGAUCCAUGCACAAGAAAAAUUGGUUUGGACAAAGUUGGAGUGAAUAUCAAUGAAAGAACAGGAAAAAUUCCUGUCAAUAAUGAGGAGCAGACAAAUGUUCCGUAUAUCUAUGCUGUUGGAGAUAUCCUGCAGGACAAGCUGGAACUCACACCGGUGGCAAUCCAGGCAGGAAGGUUGUUAGUUCAGAGGCUUUAUGCUGGGACAACCACUAAGUGUGACUAUGUGAAUGUUCCAACUACUGUAUUUACUCCUUUGGAGUAUGGAGCCUGUGGGUACUCUGAAGAGACCGCAGUGGAGAAAUUUGGGGAGGAAAACAUUGAGGUGUACCAUAGUCAUUUCUGGCCACUGGAGUGGACUGUACCAUCCAGAGAUAACAACAAAUGCUAUGCAAAGAUAAUUUGCAAUACUCAAGAUAAUGAGAGAGUCAUUGGCUUCCAUGUCCUUGGUCCAAAUGCUGGAGAGGUCACCCAAGGGUUUGCAGCUGCUAUUAAAUGUGGGUUGACAAAAGAACAGCUGGACAGCACCGUAGGAAUUCAUCCUAUCUGUGCCGAGGUAUUCACCACCCUGUCUGUGACUAAGCGUUCUGGUGAAAACACCACUGUGAGUGGAUGCUGAGGUUAAAUUCCCCCAUAAUUGCUAUUGCCAGAGACUGACUUUCAUCACAGUGUCUGACUCCUGCAAUUCAGAAGAUUUUGGGAGAAGUUGCCCUUGGACACCUGCAGAAAUGUGUAGAGCUUAACCUGGACAUUCCAUCAUCUUAGUGAGAAGAGCUCUGUGGGAGUUGGUUACUUGUGGUGCCUGGCUGGCAAUUAGCAAUACAAUGGGAAUCUGGACUGCUGAGUUGCUGAUUAGCAGGGCAUUUAAUAAAUGCCUUCAUGAAGUCAUACCCUGAAGCCUGCAUUGUCUGGUGGGCAGUGAUGGAAGAACUGCUAGCACAGCUGGAAAACAACUGUUUUGGUUUGGCUUUAUUCCUCUCUAGUUUCUUUCAUGAACAUUCCUUUCUAGUUCUUUCCAGAACAAAGAACCUCCCACCACAGAAAAAUUCCUCCGAAGUUCAGGUAGUUGUAUCAGAUAAAACAGCUCCUUUGUUCUGGAUCAUGACACACAAAUGCAAGGUCUCCUCAUGAGCAUACAUUUUACCAGCUCACGUGCCUAUAGAGGGCAAGUUCUACUUGUUUGAUCGUGAGGAAGAAAAUAGCCUUGGAAAAAAGUUUAGUACCUGUUGCAGACAUUUUUUCACAGAAAUCCUUUCUUUCAGAUUUCUGCAUUUUCUGGGAAGCUGAGGGCCCCCAGAAAGAGAAUAUAAACAAUUGCUGUCAGCUGCUGUGGCAUGCAGUGGGAUGCACCUUGAUUGGCUCAUGUUUCUAUGUUUAUAAUUAAGGGCCAAUCACAAGUGCAAGCUAGGGACAGAGUCCCUGGACACAACUUUGUUAUAGGUUCUUUCUUUCUAUUCUUGGCCUGGCAAGCAUCUGCAACUUCUCUCUUUAUUCUAUUUAGUAUAGUCAUAAUGUAUUAUAUAUCAUAUAUCAAUAAAUCCAGCCUUCUGAUCAAGAAACAAGAUUCUCGUCUUUCUCUCACCAUGGAGACCUUCAACAGGUCCCUGUAAUAAGUACCACUUAAAAUAACAUAUUUCUUGUAUUUCAAACUGACUAUGUUGUGACUUUUCAUUUAGAGAGCCUUAUUUGUGAAAACAUUCUUCUCAAUGAGAAAGGAAAAUAAUUUAUGAAGGCCUUUUGAAACAGAAAGUUGCUGUGUUUCUUCCCUGAAAUCAUGCAUAUAAUGCAGAUGUGAUGAUUUUAGCUCUUUCUCAAGCUUAUGUGAUUAUAAUGAAUCUGAUUUGGAGCUGACAGAAUUCCAAUGUUGAAUGAACUGUCCUUCCAAGAACUUUGUGCAACUUCAUUAAAUUUGAGUAAAUUUCUUUCUUUCCAGGUGAGCUGUCAUAAGCUGCACUGUUUCAGGUCUCAAAUGGCCACUUUGAACACAGAAGUAUUGAGAUUUCCUGGAGAUUAGUGAACCUUUAGGAUAAAAAAAAUUAUGCAACCAAACAAUACCCCCCCAAAACAGCUAUCCAAACAAACCCUCCAGCCAAACUUCAAAAACCAGUAGUGAAAAAUCUGUUAUGUAUAAAUAGGGUCUAAAAGUUCUAUUUAGUUCAGUAUGUGCUAUGUUUUAUAUUUAAUUAAGAAAACAAUAGUUUUAAAACAGAGGUUUCAGUGAAAAUACCAGAUUCUUGAAUAUCCCUCCUGUGUUGGAUAAGCUGCAUAUUUACUUGUCAAGAAAUGGCAAAAGUGGUUCUUUGUAAUGGAGAUGAAUGUGGUUUUUUGAUCUGUUUUUCCAUUUCCCUCUCUUUUAGCAGAAAGAUUUGCAUUACUUUUAUUAAAUGGUUCUUGGGAGUUCAGUAGUGCAGUGUGAACAGGGGGUGAAUUCCCCAGCCAUGUGGGCAGAAUGCCUCAUGCCUAAAUUCCUACCUGGUAACAAAUUCUUGUAUUUCUACUGAGAUUUCUAAAAUAGUGUUGUUAGUUAUUUUUAUAAACCCGUACAUAACUGAAGAAUUUUUAAACGUGUUUUGUAUGGUAUUUGGAAGGGUCUGUGACGGUAUUUUUCUGGCCAGUUUAAUAAAUAAAU